UGUGUGAAGAAAAAGAAAAGUAAUGAUUAAAUAAGAAUAUAUUUAUAAUUACAUUAUUGUAUGGAGUAACGUUUUGAUACAAGCAAAAACAUAAAAGAAAACCUGUUUUGUGAUGUUCUUAAGCGGCCAAACAAGCAAGGAUGGCGUCGACAGAGUAUCAAAAUUUAGAUCCUCUGACGUUCUCUCGGCGUCAGAAACGGAAAUCGGAUUCCCUCGAUCAAAUGAUAAUGCUGCAGGAAUCACGAAAGAGAGUAUUUCAGAUCAACAAAAUCUUAAAGAAGCCUGAACAAGAAAGAAGUGCUGAGGAGUCUGUAAUUCUUGAAACAAAUCCGGAUCUGGUUAAAAAAGCUGUAGAAAGAGCAAAAAUUCGAUGUAAAUUAAAAAGACGAGCAAUGGAGAUUGAAGAUUCUGCUGAAGUACUCAAACAGAAAUGUGAUCAACUUGCUGAAGCUAUUAAGAAGUCAAAAGGUAUUUGUGUCUAUACUGGAGCAGGAAUCAGUACAGCUGCUUCUAUUCCUGACUAUAGAGGACCAAAUGGUGUAUGGACACUUCUCCAAAAGGGACAAGAAUUAAAGCCUCAACAAUUUACUGAUGCAGAACCAACCAAAACUCAUAUGGGUCUGCUAACUCUUUACAAGCAUGGCAAGUUAAAACAUGUUGUAUCCCAGAAUUGUGAUGGACUUCAUCUCAGAAGUGGUCUCUCGAAAAGAAUCUUAUCUGAGGUUCAUGGCAAUAUGUACUUAGAGAUGUGUUACAAAUGUAAACCUUUUAAAGAAUACCUGCGCCUGUUUGAUGUCACCGAGAAGACAGGUGUACGCAGGCAUCAUACAUCCCGACGCUGUCACUACUGUAAAAACCUUCUUAGUGACACUAUUGUCCAUUUUGGUGAGAAAGGGCGCCUGUGUUCUCCGUACCGGUGGAAAGAGGCUGCAGCAGCAGCGGAAAACUGUGAUGUUAUUUUGUGCCUUGGAACCAGUUUGAAGGUACUAAAGAAAUACACCUGUCUGUGGUGUAUGGACAGAAAACCUUCAAAACGACCCAAACUUUUUAUUGUAAAUUUACAAUGGACACCAAAAGAUGUUUGUGCAACUUUAAAGAUCAAUGGAAGAUGUGAUGAUGUCAUGGAUCAAAUAAUGAAAAAAUUAGGGUGGAAAAUUACUGAAUAUUUAAGGGAAAAGGAUCCUAUGUUCCGUUUUGCUGUCCCUUUAUGUGCCCAUGAAUACAAGAGUACCACUGCUAAACAACUUAAAGUGCCUGACUCCAUGAAGGAAAAAUUUUGUAUAAAGUCCAAGAAAUCGAAUUCUGAAUCUAUGCAGAAUAAGGAAACUGAACAAUCAUCUCCUGCCAUGAUAUCUUCCAUUAAAACAGAAAUCCAAAGCCAACAUUCUUGCCAAGCACUAUCAUCUUUGCAAAGUUCGUCUGGAAAGAGUUUUCCACAUGACAAACACCACCUACCCAAUGCCUUAGACUCCAGUUAUGAGAACACGAAUUUAAAAUUAACUUUGAAAAGCAAUAUGUGUAGUUGUAGGUUUGUUGACAGCAGCGAAUGUACGCUAUGUUUUCUUAAGAACUCUUGUGAUAAAGACCAUUCCUAUUGCCGCCGGCGGCCAAGGAAUUUUCCACGUUCCUUAAACACCAUGCAAAAAAAGUCCCUCCCUUUACCUUGGUGCUCAGUUGCAACUAUCUUGAUGGAACAUGAUUAUCUUGCUUGGAAUCAGUUUCACACUCUUGUCGAAGCUGCUGGUUUCGUCGUCAGUCGACCACCGGCAUUGGCUGAUUGCAAAGUUACCAUGUGCCAAGACGAACAAUUAGCCAACAGUAAAUGUAACUUGGACUCUCGUCCUAAUUUUGAAUCUUUGCAUGGCUGUAAGUCAUUUCCAAAGUUUUGUAACACUAGUAGUAGUAGUAUUUGUAGCAGUAGUGGUAGUAGUGAGAGUAAAACCAGUAACCAAACGAAUGAAUCUCAAAGAAAUAUGACUUCCAAACCUACUACUACUACUACUACUACUCCUCGUUAUUGUGUUAGUUGUUUUUAUAACAAAGUGAAGUUCUCUAAGUUGUUAGCUCUGCAAGGUGAUGAUGAUGAUGAUGAUGAUGAUGGAGUGGGUCAUUCCAAUUUGAAUAAUACAGAGUCUGGUGACCGAGUUUCAGUAGCCAAUAGUGUUCAUAUCAAAACAGAAUCUGCUCAACCGGUUGCAGACCACUGCAAAGAAGAGGGGGAAGGUGAAGAAGUAGACGCUAGUUUUAAGUCUUCUUCACAAGGUAAAUUAUACAGUCAGUCUCGAUCUCGUUCAAUUCCAGGAUGGUUUGGUAAAGGUCUCAGCAUCCGUAAGAAAAGAAGACGAUUUUGACAAACUUUUAAAUGAUUAGGGAGAAAGCUCUUCUUAUUUAUAAUAAUAAUAAUAAUAAUAAUAAUAAUGAAUAAUAAUGGUUUCAGAUUUUGGCACAAGGCCAGCAAUUUUAGAGGAGGUAUUAAGUCGAUUAUGCUGACCUUAGUGUUCAACUUUAUUUUAUUUACCCGCAAAAUGAUAAAAGGUAAAGCUGGCCCCUGCAGAGUUUGAACUCAGAAUGUAAAGACUGACAAAAUACCGCUGGGCCCUUUUUUCAGUGUACUAGCAAUUCUGCCAGCUUGUUGCUUUAGUAAUAAUAAUAAUAUGGUGUUGAUUCCUUUACUUUUCUUUCAUGAGUUAGUCAGAGAAAGGGGAAUCGUCUCCAUCACCUCUACAGGUUCUCCUGCCUGAUGAAAUUAGCAUAAAACAUCAUGAGUCUGUGAAGAACAAAUACUGUUGAUUCAGUCAAUCCGGGUAUAUAACUGGUUCUUUUUUCAUUGAAUUCUUCUCUACUGAUUGAUAUUAAAAAUAUUGAGGAUAUUUGAUGGUUUCUCACUAUGGUACAAAUGUUGUUAAUUUAUUUGUCUCUGGUAUCUGACUAAGAUACUCUCUUUAACUGUUACAAGGACAGACCAAAAAAAAAAAACCCCAAAAACAAA